CGAUGGUUUCGCUAGGUACACCGCCGCGGUGUAUGCAUCCACUUCGAUUAUUAUAUGCCAUUCUGGCCACCACGGUAAUUUAAUUAAUUUAAUUUUUUUUUUUUUGCAGUUGAUUAAAAUGAAAGAAAAAAUCUUUAUAUUGGUUCAAAAAGCAUCUAAAAAAUCCUGGGUUUAAAAAAACUUUUAUAUUAUUUUGAAAUUUAGUCAUUGUUAAUAACUAAAUGCUUCUCUCUAAUGAAAUGUAUGACUUUUUAUUUUAUCUUUUCAGAGCUUAUUAUCUGUUUUAUUAUUAAAAGCAAUGGAAGAUCUAGAUGUAAGAGAGAACCUAAGACAUCCAAUUGUAAGUUUGCUAACUUGAUGUUUAGUGUAGGAGUGAGACUAGUGGCGUAGGGAGUGCUGUGUAAGGGGGGGGGGGCGGUCCGUCCUAGCAGCACUUGUUUUCUUUAUAACGAUGGGUGGCAUUUCCUGGAUGGAGGGGGGUGGUAAAAUAAUAUUGGCCUGCCCGAGGCAGCGCUAAACCUUACUAUGCCACUAAGUGAGUGUAGGGGGUGGUGGGUGAGGGGGGGGGGGCGGUCCGUCCUAGCAGCACUUGUUUUCUUUAUAACGAUGGGUGGCAUUUCAUGGAUGGAGGGGGGUGGUAAAAUAAUAUUGGCCUGCCCGAGGCAGCGCUAAACCUUACUAUGCCACUAAGUGAGUAUCUGUUUUUUUAAUUACUAUAUUACAAUAACGAUUUCUUCAUUUAACAGUUUUUUAAAGAAUUUAUGGUUCAGAGUUGAAGAUUCAUGGUAUUUCCUUUGUUUAUAUUUCCUGUCAGUUUAAAAACCCACCCCCUUUCCCCUUCCUUUUCUGUUAUGAGACCUUAAAAAGGUUAAAUUAAGGUUAUCUAGAUAUUUGAUUUGCUACAUCAUAUUCAUUACACAUUUUAUUUAUUAUUAUCGUGACAUUUGUUUGAAAGAUCAUAUUAUUGUUUCAUUAAAUCUUAUCUUAUAAUUCCUAAUAGCAGUAUAUUAAGAUUUAUACUAUGUCUCUUUGCAGCUUGAUGACUUUGUUUUGCAGUAUCCAAACUGUGAUGAAGACGCUGCACUUAAAGCAUUCUUAAUUUAUCAAGACUUGACAGAGGGUAUACUCAUGGAUUUAUUCAUAGGCUUAUGGAUAAAAUUUAAGACCACAUUUUUGAAUUUGCAAGUCAAAUCAUUAGUUGUUGUGUCAAUUCAGAUAAGGAAGGAUUUGAUUUAUUUUCCUGAAAGAAUUCAUAGACUAAAGUUAAGCAUUUGUUUUUAGUAAUUUGACAUAUUUUGUUCCAGUUCAAGGUGAAAAUAAUAUUGUGUUAUCUUUUAGGGAAAGUGGAUGAACAUUUUUUAGCCUGGUCACUAAAACCAGCUUUAACACAGGUGUUAUGGCAUAUGUGUAGGCCUAAUUUUAGCGACCACAGCUUAUCUCCCCCUUAUUUGUGUUCUUCUUAUAUUUGAGGUGCCCACGAUCAAUUUGUUGAUCAUUCUGGCUCCUGGUUUAAAUUCAGAGUUUGCCUUCUCUUAGAUGGGUUGCCGUCCAAGGCUAGCGAGUCCCAUCUACCCGGGGUGCUUGGGAUGAUUUGCUUUUGGUGGGGAUUGAACUCCCGACCACCAGCUGUUUGGUUUGAGACCGUUUAGACCGCUCGGCCACCCAGCACCCAAUUUUUGGGUUGAUUUUGGUGUCACUAGAUAAAUGUACUGUGUCAUUCCUUACCUAUCCCAGCUUUGAUUAGGAAAAGGUUUUUUUACGUUCGAAUGAGUUCUAUUUGUUAUAAACAAUGCUAUUAGGUGACACAAUUUCUAGAAUUUCUUUACUUAAUUGUUCUGAUUUAAUCCCUUUAUAAAGGCCAGCAGGUUUUAGCAGAGUGAGAGAGAGAUAGAUUUUGCCAUAUUUCCUAACAUAUGCCAGAUGUUAUUUAAUUGUGUGUGCAUAAAUUAAUAUAUAUAUUUUUAGGAGUGUACCUUUUCACUUGCUGUGCUGUAAGUUGAUGUAUUUUUUGGUUUCUGUAUUUUAACUUGCAUUUUUAUAGAACUAUAAUAGUAUAGUAAAAUUGAAAAUUGUAAGUAUCACUAGUUUUGGUAUCGUUUUCUUUGCAUACAUUUUUUCUCAAUCCUAUGUUACAUAUUGUUCAUUCUAUGAGUUAAAUCUUAAAACAGAUUAAAUUUUCAAAACUGUAACGGUACGUAGCACAGGAAUGUAUAAGGUAUUCUUGAGAAAUAACCAAUGUUCAACACUGACAGAUUUGUUUAAUUUCAGUAAAAGGCUGGUGGUUUACUGAGCUUGCCUAUAGUGAGAUAUUGGACAGACCAUAUGUACUUGGACAAGUUACUCGAUAUGAACAGAGGCAAGCAGUAUUUCCUGUUGGAGUUGAUGAACGGUUAUCUCUAAAUGAGUUUCAGCAAUACUUUUCUCGCAUAUUUGUUGAUGAGGAGCCCAUUGACAGGUAAAAUAAAGUUUCAAGAAAUUUCUUGUCAUUCAAAACGCUGAAGUAAAUUGGGAUAAUUUGGGGCUCAUCAUGCCAUUUUUAAUAGUAUGAACAGAUCACAUUUUCUGUCUAGUUAUUUGUGAAUAUUUAUUAGCAGAACUAAUUAACAUUUUCAAUGCAGACGCAGAACAUACUUUUUAAAAUAAACUGAGAUAACUAAGGUUUUAAUAAGAGCAAUAUUUUUUGUUCAUAAGUCAGUUCUAAUGAUAGCAGUUUUUAUUUUAUAAUAACUAAUGCACAUGUUGGAAACACAUUUUUCACUUGUUAAAUUGGUAAAAUGUUCUUCAUACCACUUGAAUUUUUAAAAGAAGCAAUUAUAAGAGUGUUGGGAUGCCAUAAAGCUUUCAAGUAGAUCAAUUAGACACAAACAUUUAGUGUAAACAAUACAAAUCUUAGUUUAGCUUUAAUAAUGAUCAUACAGAAAACAAAGUUAAAUGUUUCUGCAAAUGCCUUCAUCAAUACCAAAAAACAAAAAAUUCAUAUAAGUUUAAAUUAAAUUUACAUAAUAUAUGUAUUUUACCUAAAAAUGGGAGAAAAGAAUAAGAGUGGACGCAAGUCCCUGACAAAAAUAAAGUGGAGAAGAAUGGAAAGGAAGUGAGUGGAAGUAAAAUUUAAAAACCAAACAGGAAAAAGACGUUGCAGCGAUGUAAAAUUGUGAAUUUGGUUUAUAAUGUAUGGAGUCAACGCAUUAAAUUUUGGUAUUAAAUUAUUACCUUAUAAAUUCUAUCCAGUGUAUUACUUGCAUAUACCAGUAACUGUAAUGUCCAAAAAUCAACUACAAUUAUUUGGUUUUCCUCCAACAGUUUUAUCCUUGCUGUAAAUGAGUUGGACACCACAGUGGUGUACUACAAGAUGACCGCAGGACUGGCGCCACCCGAACCACCAGAAACAGUGUUUGAACAACGAGCAGAGAGAAAUAGACAGAUGAACAGGAAAAGAGUGCAUGUGGCCUCCUGUGUGAGACAAGCACGGGAAAGGUUGACCAAAGAUGGUGCAUCAUAAGACAAUGUGAAUUUGAUUCCGUUGAGGUAUACUUUGUAAACAUUGUAAACAAGUGCAAUCAAUUAACUUGUAAAUAAUGAUAAACAUAUGAAAAAAGUUACUCAGAUUUUUCUGAAAGUCUCAGAAUGUUUUGCCAUCAAUACUAUUGUCUCUGUGGCUUGGGGAUGUGGUAGAGAAUUGGCAAUGGAACAAGUUGAUUAAUAACACAGAUUAAUUCACAUUUAAAGGGAAAUAACCCAAUCCUGGCUAAACCGUGGUUCAAAUAACUUUCCCCAUCCAAGAACUGGGCUAAACAUGCUCACUGACAUUAGCAGGUAAAUUUCGAGAAGUCAAACAGCUGAAAAAACUAGCCUCCAAUCUCAGUCAGGAGAUUGGAUCUCCUGAGACUGAGAGCACACUUAUCAGUCCCGGCUCAUAUUGAUAGUGUGAAAUUAUAUCAAUUAAUAUAACAUUAAUAUAUAAUAGUUGAAACAGGAUAAAAUGAAAAGCAAAUUAUCAUGAAAGAUUAUAUUUUAAUUGCCUGAAAACUUUUUUUGAUUAAAUAUGAAAUAAAAAAUUAUUCCAGUCUUGUACUUGUUGUCUGCAGAUAUUUUUAGUGUCCUCAAUUUUUAAAAUGACCAGCCAGGAGUCAACUACAUGUUAAUGUUGAUCUUUACAGAUUUGAUAUAUGUUAUUGUUAGCGUAUUACCAAAAGUGCUAUCAACCUAUAUAUACAUUGAACAAUGAUAAGCUACCUCAAAGGUGCUGCCCCUCCAUAAGGACACGAUGCAUCAGUUUUAUGUUAUAUUUGAUGUGACUCCAAAAAGGUUUAGUGUGAGAAAAAAGCUUUGACUCGAUUGCAAAACUGGGUUGAGUGUAGCCGAGAGAAUCAUAUCUUCAGUAAAAAAAAAAAGGGCUUGACCCCCAUAGCAUGAAAAGACUAGAUCCAGCAGCCUGCAAGGAGGAACCACUAUCUGGUCAACGGGCAAAACAGUGGAUCCAGCAACAAGACAAGAAUCACUCAGAGCAUGGCCCUGGUCAUUCACUGCACCCAGCUGCCUUGACCUUGUCUGGGUGCUGGAUCCAGGUGGCAUUUGGGCAAGAGAGUGGGGUUGAUGACUCGCACAACUCUUCCUCACCUAAAUCCAAGUCGUGCGCAUGUCAUUUCAGUCAUCCAUUUCAUCCCAGUUUCUAUUAAAAAGUCCUGUGGCGAUGGAAAAGCUGGGAAGUGUCAGGUAUGAGUACACUUCAACCGUAGUCGCAAACCUGCAAAUAUGGCUAUGGCCAUAGGGUUUUCAUCACUGAAAAGGAGCAGCAGUGGUGUCUGGCAGAAUAACUGAGCAGCCCUCUGUCAGUAACACACUGCUCACCUCCAUGGCAUGAGGAAGGGGCUAGGAAAGGUUCCCUAACCAUUGUUUGCUCCAACCUUCCUAUCCAAUCUACCAUAGUUGGAGGGGACUCUAUGCAUGCGAGCCAAAUUUUUAAAAUUCAAUGAUUCCAAAGCAAAAGAUAAAAACACUCCCAUUAAAACUCAGUGCGCUCUCUUCAGGACAAGGAUGACAUGGGAAACAUGACUCGGAGAACAGCCCUUAUUGGAAAUUAACUUGUCAGGUACAAUGUAGACAUUGCAGCCCUUGGCGAGACCCAGCUUGUCGCAGGGGCUCUUGGUAUACCUUCUUUUGGAGUGGCAAAGGGAUCAAGGAGCAUCGUGAUGCUGUUGUUGGUUUUGCUAUGAAAUCUGCAAUGAUUGGCAUGAUUGCAGGACUUCUGAAAAGAGUCAACAAUUGGAUAAUGACAAUGAAACUCUUUCUUUGAUCUGGAAUAAAACACCUCAACACCAUCAGCUGGUAUGCUCCAACCAACAAAGACCAAACCAGAUGAAGUAAAGCAAAGACCAAACCAGAUGAAAUAAAGCAAAGACCAAACCAGAUGAAGUAAAGCAAAGACCAAACCAGAUGAAGUAAAGCAAAGACCAAACCAGAUGAAGUAAAGCAAAG